AUGUGGAGAUGGCUCCUACUGGGCCUCAGCUCAGCGGUAGCUGAGGAGAUAACUCAGGUGAAGCUGGUCUCGGGAGAAUGCCGCGGACGAGAAGAGGAGACCGGCGUGUGCGAGGAGUUACCCUCCUGCAAGCCCUUGUGUGAGAGACAAGAUUGCAUCUUUCAGCCCUGGAGCGAUUGGUAUUCCCUGAGGGGAUGCAUUGGGCUGUGCACCCGACAUAGAGGUAUCCUGCAUUCCAACAACGAAUGUGGCCAGCCGUGUAUGGGUGCCAAGAUUGAAACCUCGGCGCAUGCGGGCUGCCUCUCGCCCCACUGCAUCUUCCAUCCGCGCGACUGCCUUUGGAGCGAAUGGUCACCGUGGAGUGCACCACAGGCAAGCAACGUCCUGGGCCAAAUGCUGCGUUUCCGGCGUGUGGUGGAAGCAGCUAAGGACAAUGGCAGGCCCUGUUUGGGCUACUGGAAUGAGACGAAGCCGAACGCGGAGCCGGGUGAAGUCGACUGCGUGCUCGAAGGGUGGUCCGAGUGGACCGUCUGCACCGUGACCUGCGGUGGCGGCACCCGCUCGCGGCAUCGGCGCGUCGAGACGCACGCGUUGAACGGCAUCGCCUGCGAAGGGCCGCUGAGGAGCACCGAGCCCUGCGGCAUGGGUAGUUGCGGGGAGCCUUCCCCACCGAUCAUUGGCGAAUGGACAGAGUGGGAAGGCUGUUCUGGGGAGUAUCCUAUGCAGCGCUUCCGUGCGCGGAAAGUAGUGGAGCCACCCAAGGGCGACUUCCCCAUGGAACCCAUGACGAUGAUGGAAACCAGCCUCUGCGACAAGAAGCCGCCUACAGAGUGCAUCAUGUCCACGUGGACGGUAUGGACGCCAUGCACCGCAACCUGUGGAGGGCAGUCUGCAAGGAACCGGGAUAUCGACAUCGAAAAGUCGCCGCUCGCGUGCAAGUUGGACUUGAGCAAACUGGAGGGCGAGGCGCAAGAUGAGCUUAGGAACUAUCUGAAGGAGGUUCGACCGUGCGGCCAGCAGCAUUGUAUGGAUGUGGUGGAUUCCGAGUUAUCGGAGUGGUCCGAGUGGACCAGCUGCUCGCGGAAGUGCGAGCUGGGCACCACGGAGCGGUCCCGGGAGAUCGUCAGAGAGGGCUCCGGGGGGUUGGGUGCUGGCCUGGCUUUGAAGGAGGUGAAAGGAUGCAUGACCGAAUGUGGUGAGACAGACUGCAAGUGGGGCCAAUGGGACUCUUGGAGUGCCUGUACCUGCAGCUGUGCCGGCGGCACCAAACGACGCAAUCGCGUCAUCGUUCAGGCGCCGCGACAUGGGGGAGAGAUGUGCGACCCUGUGGACAAGUCGGAGGUUGCUCCCUGCAACACCCAGAGCUGCGACGUCUGCAUCGACGGCGCCUGGGGCGCCUGGAACGACUGGUCCAAGUGCACUGCCACCUGCGACGUGGGCUUCCGCGUGCGGCACCGCGACGUGAUGCAGCGGCCCAACAGCUGCGGGAAGCCGGCGCUGGGAUUGGAAGACGAGUACGAGAUCUGCUCGCACUUGGUCCCAUGCACCGAAGAUGCAGACUGUCUGCUGGCGGAGUGGGACGAAUGGUCAGACUGUUCCUGCAGUUGCUAUGGCGUGAAGGAGCGGCACCGCCGCAUCGAACAGUUCGCCAAGGGCAACGGCAAGUCCUGCGGCCAAGUGGCCGUGGCGCAACGCGAGGAACACGGCUACGAGGGCUACGACAGCUACGGCACUUCGCAGCGCAUCACCGGGGCAGCCGACGGCUUCGCCUCGCUGGAAGAGGUGUCGGCCUGCAAUCCGUUGCCGGGAGGCCUGACCCCUCCACACUGUGGGCCCCUGCCCAAGCGCAAAUGCGACUUUGCCCCCUGGGGCGAGUGGGGUGAAUGCUCCGCCACCUGCGAUGGCGGCAUGCGCGAGCGCUCGCGGCACAUCAAGACACCCAACAGCAACGACGGGGCUCCCUGCGAGGGUCCAGUGGAACAGAUUCAAGGCUGCGGCGAAGUUGCAUGUGAGCAGAGGAUUUGUAAGGACUGCGUUUGGGGCCCUUGGUCGGAUUGGGGCGACUGCUCCAAGUGCGGCGGGCAACGCUACCGUCAGCGGGCAGUCGUCAAGAUGCCCAACGAGUGCGGGAAGUUGUGUGAUCCCUCAGUGGCCAAAGAAGUGGGCGAUUGCACCAGUCACUGCGAGGACCAGGGCUUCUGCAGUUGGACUCAAUGGAGUGAGCUGGGCGAGUGCAGCUCCAGCUGCGGCACCGCGGUGCAAAUGAGACAGCGAUCUCUAAAUUUCCACCAGAAGGAGGCCGAUGGCGAAAACCAAUUGGUGGGAGUUGGAAUGUGCACAAGUGCUGGAGGGCAAUACUACAAGAGUUACCGGGUGGAGAGUGCCGCCUCGGAAUACGAAUGUCUCAGUAUGUUGGACGCCUCCGCCAGCGCCACCUCCAAAGUGCUGGGGGUGGAGUUCCACAAGCCUUCCCAAGCUUGCGACAUCCUGGUCUCCGGGGGCGACAAGAUCGAGCCCUACAUGUUCAGUCGGCCCAUCGCCCUAAAGCUGAACGCGCAGGAGGGUGCUGACCCGGCCAGCGGCGCGAUCUUCGGUGGGGACGAAACUGAAGGGUGGAAGUGCUGGAAGAGGGUCCCUGGAUAUUUCUUCAAGGCAGUCAAGACAGCCACGUGCUCGGCGUGGCAGGUGGAUGUGAAGGAGAACUGGACAAAAAAUGAAUUUAGCCAGCUGAAACCCAAGUGCUUGGGCUCAAGCAGGUUUCAAAUAAACUGCGUUGCGACAGAACACCUGUCUCUCUACGUUGUAAUGUUCGAGCCUAUGUUAGAGACAAUUAGCGGCUGGCUCACCUACGUCGCGGAGUCUGUGCCGUCAUUGCAAGAGCCAAAUGAGCCUUUGCAGUCGCAAGAGACAUUGACCAAAGAGGGCAUGGAGGGACUGCUGUCCUCCUUGAAGUUUCCGUUGUCGUAUGGACAUCAGGAGUUCAAGGAACAUUGGCCCCACACGCCCCAUGAAGCCAACCUAGUGAUCCAAAGCCUGCAUGACCUGGCGCGUGCAUUGUUUGGAGCCAGGGAGGAUGAUGCAGUCGUGGCAUCUUUUUUGGAGAAGAAGGGGUUGAGUAUUCUAGUAGAAGCACUGCUAGCGAGCUCAACUCCCGAGAUCAUACGCGCACAGGCGUGGCAGUCGCUGUGCCUAAUCCUGCUGAAUGUGGAGGAGGAUGUCUUCCAACGGUUGAUCAUUGGGCGUGAGCUGGAUGUGUUGUGGUCUGGUGAGCCAGAUCUUCGAAUUGAGGAGAAUCGGAUGAACUUCGUUUCUUGUCUCAAAACAGUCAGCAUGCGAAUAGACGUGGAGACGCUGCCGUUCCUCAUGACAGACAGCGACAUCCCGAUCCUCAGAGUGGCGAUGGCCUACACGGCCCAUGAAGAGGCCCUGCUCCGCACCCAGGCGCGCAACGCCAUGCUAGCACUUUUUUCAAAGAUGAAGAUGAGCGAGGAACAGCUGUUGCGGACUGCCUUGGAAAUGGCAAAGUCCAGGUUGCCGACCCCUUUGUGCACUUUGCUGUGGGAGAAUUGGGCAAACAUGGCACAAGCAGCCAAAAACAGGAAUGCUCCGGCUUUGCAAAAAUGGGCAUUCCGUGAAGAGGACCUUUGGGACCAUCUGGCUGAACUGAUCAAGCUUGACAUCACAGACCUCACACAGAUGGUCUGUGGUGUUAUAGUGGGAAGUCUGGUCUGGAAACUAGGAUCCCUGACUCCCACAGAUGUGGGAGUGAACCACUGGAGCGCCUUUGUGAACAGCGACGAUUUCGACUCAGAGCCGAUGAUGGCCGUUCCGCCUCCAGGGGCGUUGAAUCUGUCGCCGAAGUCCCACACAGAAUCAACGGCCUCGCUGUCGGCGGACCAGUCUUCGCUGGAGGAGUGUGCAAGCUUUACCGCCUGUGGGCUUGGAACCGCCAUGAAGGUUGCGGAGACGUUCGCCAUAGAUAUGGCAUCCAGUGAGCAUUGCGCCGCCAUGGCUCUGAGAACCCUGGCAACCUACGCGGGAACUCUUCGACACGCAGGCAUUGCUUGUGCGCUCAUGCCACUUGUGGAGCUAAUCCUUUUGCCAUCGAUUCCUUCGGGCUCGAUUCGUGCCAUGGCAGACCUCGAUGCGGGCUGCAUCACUGAGGUGGAUACCCGACCUGCAACCACAGUGUGGCAGGACUUGCUCGCCCUGACUGAGCACUUUGUUGCUGGUGCCAUGGAAGAUUCCAAAUUUGUUGCCAGGAACCAUGAAGAUGGCACACCGCCAACGCACGAAGAGGAGGAAGCAAUGAAGAAAAACCGCGUGGAGUACUGGCAAGGGAUGCUGCAUGGUGCACAUUCGAUGGUGCCAGGGCGAGACACGGUGCCCAAUCCUUUUCGGGCCGCAAUUCUGGCAAAGAUGGGCUUUAGCAGAGAUGGUAUUCUGCCUGCACAGCUCCCCCUUCGUGCGAAUUGCAACACGUUUUCUUUCCAGUCUCUGCUGGAUGACAAAACAGCUGCCACUCUUGCGAUCAUGGAGUUGGAGCGGGCGUAUCCAGACUUGCUGGAGCACACAAAGCUCUUGGCACACUCCGCACCGGUUGAUCCGGUCAUCGAAGAACCCACACAGCUUCCAGCUUCCGAAACAGUGCCUGGCACUUUCGCCGAAGCGUUUGCCUGGUGGGAGGCAAUGGCUGCAGCUUCGUGUCAUUGUAAGCGAAGUAUCGCCGAUAUCACAGCCACGGUGGAAAAAGACGUGCCAUGGCGAGUGCCCUUACAAGAGCUGCGAGACUUGUACCCCCACCGCUUGCAUCUUCGGUGCGUGGUCGGCGUGGAGCGAAGCCAGCUGCACGCAGCUCUGUGGGCAACUUCCAGAGGGUCGCGAGAUCUAUGUGAAGAUUCCCUACCUGAGGAAGCUGUGCACAUCAUUCGAGAGGUCUUUGGUGCUGAGUGCCGUGAUGAACUGGUCAAAUUGACCAAGGGUGGAUUUGGACUGCCAGAGUCCCUGCGGCUUUGGUAUCUUGAGUACAAGAAGGCCUUGGUAUCUCUGGGUGGCGUGGAGCUUCGCUUGCUGCCCGGCUUCUUCGUCUUCUACAAUGAGCGAGGUGUGGAGGGCUGGCAGAAAUUCUGUGGCAGAUAUGAACGUCAAGACCCCAACACCUACGAGAUCCACUACUCCAUGGAGGACUACUGUGAGAGCAUCAAGCUAGUGGAGGAGCGCAAGGAGGACGACUGGCAACGUCCCCUCACGGAGUAUGAGAAAAAGGUGAUCAGUUCGGCCGUGGGACAAGUGAAUUGGGCUGCUCGACAAUGCAGGUAUGACCUCAGCUUUGGAGCAUCCCAUGUUCAACAGCUUGCAGGUGCUGGUGAUCCUCAAGCUUUGGUAUGGCUGAACAAAUUGAUUCGGCGAUCACACCAGGACUUCAUCAUGAAGAUUGCGUACCUGGGCUGCCCCAUUGAGGAGUUGGUGGUGCUGUCAAUCAGCGAUGCGGCCUACGGAGCUCAACCGAAAGGCGGCAGUCAGGGUGGCCUCAUUGUGGCGAUGGCUCACCUUGACGUUCAACGGGAGGCCCAGAGCACUCGCUUGCAGCGAGUGGUGCGCUGCAGUAUGGCGGCCGAAUUGACAAUGGCCGCCGCGGCUUUUGAACACGGCGAUUACAUACGUGCCGUGUUAGCCGAGAUCAUGUUCCUGCGCUUCAACCUCAAGGCAUGGAAGAUGAGCGCCAGUUGGUGGAAGCACAUCAUGGUGCUCGAUGCGAAGGUGGCAUUCGAUGCGAUCGUGUCGGAGAUGGCGCCUACGGAUCGCAAGUUGAUCGUGGACAUUGCCAUCCUUCGCGAGACGCUUGAGGAUGAGAAGGGCAACAGCUUUCUUCGUUGGGUGCCAGGCCAAGAGAUGCCGGGCGACGGUCUCACGAAAUGGAACGACAACGGAGCCCUGGCGCGGGUUUUGAUUUUUGGAGUUUGGUCUUUGUGCGAUACGGAGCUGGCCGCCAGAAUCAGGCGAAAGGUGGCCGAUCGCAAAAGGGCCUUGAAAGUACAGAAGGCUACAGCCAUGAAUCUUCAGCUGAAGGCCUUUGUGAUCCUCAGCUUGGUGGCUUCAUCUGGGCUGAGUGGUACCUCAGUGGACCUACAGGCUAGGCUCAGUCAGCUAUCAGAUGUCAUUCAUGCUUGGCUCUCAGCUGCCACCUUGGUGGCUCUCUUCUUCAUCUUCCUCCUGAGCCUCAAGAAUGACCUCAGCACCUUGGUGCGGGUUUGGCAGAACCUCAGAGAUGACCUUUGGCAUGCUGAGCAUACUCAGCAGAGGCUUGACUUCAUCUCAGACAAGGCAACCUACAACAUGACUGCCUCAGAGGAAGAGCUCAUGCAGGAGACCUUGGUGCUGGAGAACGCUCAGAGACCUGAGCUCCACAUUUGGGCCCACCCUGAGAGAGGCAUCCAUGAGCUGCUGGAAUCAGCACAUGUCUUCAGUUGUGCUAAGCACCACUGGCUCAGUGCUUCUAGCAGGGAAGCAGGACCCAGGGCCAAGGCUCAGAGGCUCAAUGUGCUUGGUAGCCUAGACCUCUCAGAUGUGGCUGAGCCUGCUGCACUUUCUCAGUGGAACACUGAAUCUGAAUCUACAGCUUCACAGGGAUCGCUGAAACCAGAAAAGAGCUCAGCUUACCUGAGCAGCGUUUUUGAAAAAAGUUGCAAUGCUAUUGGCCUGGCAGUGAGGAUCAAGGACCUCAGCCCAUUUUUCCCACAGCUGAGCUUGACCUUAGGGGCUCUCCACCACAAGGCUGAGGAAUUCAAUGUCCAUCAGAGCUUGGACCUCUCAGACAUCCUGGAUCUGAGAAAGGUCCAGUAUGGCUUGAGCAAGUUUUUUGGCUCAGCAAGCCAGAAGAAAGAAGCUGGGGCAGUUGAAAAGUAUGGCCUCCAAAAGAAGAGUCUUCAGAACAUCUUGUCUAAGGAAGAGCACUGGAAAGAGCUUGUAUCUGCACUGGAGAGAGCUGAGCUUCUGAGAGAUGCUAAGGCUACAGGGAGAAGAGCUGUCUUUGCUGAGGAGGAGCUGCAUGCCCCAGCUGGGCCUGACAUGAUGAUAGGGCAGCUCAGCUUUGCAUCAGCCAGCAGCCCUGCAGCCAGCCAACCUGAGCAAGAUUCUCUGGUGAAGAAGGCCAGCUUUGACCCAGCUCCGCCCAGCCAAUCUGAGCAAUGCUUCUUUGGCUCAGCCAGCGCUGCUCCAGAAAAUGCUGAGCAAAUGGUCCCAGCCAGCCUUCAGCAAGAAGCAGAAGCCAGCCCUCAGCAAGAGGAGGUCAUUGGCUCAGUGGGCAAAGGGCUGUUAGUUGUGCCAGGUGGAUGGGCCAGGCUGAGCAACAUCUCAGAGAGUGGCACCUGGCUCAGUGAUGAAAGCUUCAAAGUGGGUGAGAAGCUCAUCACCAGGCCCACAGUUGUGUCAGCUCGGGAAGCAAUGGCUGAGAAGAAUCUCAAAGAUGAGUGGGUCCUCAAAGCAGCAGUCAGGAAUGGCAUCCUGGUCUAUAGACCAGACCCAGCCUCGGGAAAGCUUGUGGAGCUCAAGUGGAGAGAUGCCGAGGGAGUGCCUACAACGGCAGAUUGGAAGCACAUCUCAGAUCUCCAAGUCUGGGACUAUUUCCAUCUCGAGGAUGAGAAGGGCUGCACAGAGGAAGAGCUCCAGCCAGAGAUCUUAUAUGCCGUUGCUGAGGACUUGGAGCUAGAGCUUCAAAACUCCUUGUCCCUGAGGCUUCAUCCCUCAGAAGAGCCCAAAUCAGAAGGCAUGAGCAGAGAGGAAGCUUUGGCCGAGCUGCAGGAUGAGGAAGCUAUUGUUGUCUCAGAAGCAGCAGGCAAGCUCAGCUUUGGCAAGCAGGCUGCACUUCUGAUGGUGAAGUGGCCCAAGUGGAGCCAGCUCAGCAAGAGAGAUCUCAACCUCAUGCUCAGCCAGCUGAGCUGCAACCCUGAAGCUGAGGUUGGCUUGGGCCCAAAGGAAGGCAUCAAGAAAGCUGGUCUGGGCACUGCAAGCUUCUUUUGGUUCCAGUGUAUUCUCAGUUUCACUGGACCUUGCUGGCAGCUCAGGGGGCAGGGCCUGGGCAACUAUGACUCCCUGAGCAACCUCAGCAGAUCCUCAUUGGCCGGCGAACGGCACCGAGUGAUCUCCAGGAUGAACCAUUGCGGUGGAGAUCCCUGUAAUGGGCCGUUGAUCAGCACCAUGCAUUGCCGCAAGGACUGCGAGGACCCUGUCGAUUGUCUCUUCGAUGAAUGGACCAGCUGGGAUGCCUCCACCUGCGAAGGUGGCCGUGGACAGAAGAUGCGAAGUCGGAACGUGAAGCAAGCCGCUGUGAACGGAGGUCAGCCCUGUGUGGGCCCUACACAAGAGACGGGACCUUGUGAUGAACCAAUCCAAGACAUCGACUGCGAGCUGUCUGAAUGGGAGGCCUGGACCGAAUGCAGCGUGACCUGCGGCCUGGGCUUUCACAGUCGUGAGCGCGGGAUCCAGACGGCCAAACAAGGUUUUGGCAAUCCCUGCGAAGGGCCACUGUCCAUGGUUGACGAUUGUCGUAUGAAGAAGUGCCCGUCCCAGAACUGUGUUUGGAGUGAUUGGACCGAAUGGAAGUCACCAGGGGAAGAUGGCAUGUGCUCGCGGAGUCGAAAGAUCUACAUCGAAGCCACAGGUGAGGGCUUGCCCUGUGAAGGUCCCAUGCAGGAAGUGCGAAUGUGCCUCUCCGUGGUGGAUUGCGAAAUCUCCGAGUGGAGCGUUUGGAGCCCCUGUGAUCGCAGCUGCGGUGGGGGGCAAUCCAUGCGUGGGCGCCACAUCACAGUUACACCCAAGAACGGUGGAAAGGCCUGCCCGCAAGACCUGGAAGAACUGCGCGGAUGCAACGAGUCCCCCUGCGGGGGCAAGCACUGCGAGGUGAGCGAAUGGCAGGCGUGGGGUGUUUGCUCCAACACCUGCGGACGUGGCACGCAGAUCAGAGAGCGUUUCAUCGUGAACCAGGCGAAUGGUGGCCGUGGCUGCGACAACUUGUUGGCCGAAGCGCGGGAGUGUGGCGAGAUCGAUGUGGCGGCAGGCGGACAUGGUGAAAAUGAGGAUGCACUGGAGCUGACAGGUGGAGGCCUAGACUUUGGUGGAGAUAGUGCUGGCCUAGACAGCACUGGAGGAGGCCUCGAUCUCGGUCAACAAACUGCUGGCUUAGACAGCACCGAAGGCAUGGACUUUGGGGGAGAGGCGCAAGGUUCUGGAGGCCUCGACAUCCAAGGUGGAGGUCAGCACCCGGAGGGCAUCACGAACAUACGGAGGCCAGAGUGGAGGAGGACAGCAGCAGUUUGCGAUGUGUCGUGCCGUGCGUGUCCAGUUUUCUUUCAGGGAAUGUCAGUCUCCCACGUCGCUCACUCUAUGACCAGCAGUGGAGGAGGAAUCUAUGGCGGCAGCGGAGGACUUCUGGCAGUUUUGGCGAAACUCCUUUUCCAUCACGAAUGUCGGUGUCCCACGUCAGUCACUCUGGGAGCAGCGGAGGAGGACGUUCUUUUGUUUGAAAUGUGCGAUGGAGGUCAGAAGACGCGCGACCGCCGCAUUGCGCAGAUGCCGACGCCCGGAGGCGAGCCGUGUGAAGCAUUGCACAAGGAGGAGAUAGUGCCCUGCAACACGCAGCCGUGCUCAAAGGGUGCGUGUAUCGAUGCGGUGUGGAACGACUGGAGCCAGUGGGAGGGCUGUUCGAAGACCUGCGACGGCGGCGUGACCUGGCGCCACCGCACGCUGCGGCAGAAGGCCAAUGACUGCGGGCUGCCGGCCACAGGUGCGAAGGUCACCGACGAGUCGGAGUUUGGCGCCUGGGAACCCUGGAGUGGCUGCACGAUGCCCUGCUUGGGCAUCAAACGACGCACGCGAACCAUUCAGGUUCAGGGCAAGGAGAAUGGGAAGUGGUGCGUGGGUCCAUUAAAACAGACCUCACCAUGUCCCAGUGGUGUAGAUUGUUUUGGCGGACCUCCCGUUGAUUGUCAGUUGAGCAGUUGGGAAGCCUGGGAGAGAUGUUCCACCACCUGUGGACCCGGUCAGCAGAACCGACAGAGGACCGUCGAGCAGCAGCCUGAGAAUGGCGGCAAGUUCUGCGAUGAUGCGCUGGUAGAAACUAAGUCCUGUGGCAAUGCGCCCUGCCACACUUGCAAGCGGACGGAUUGCAUGUGGGGUCAAUGGGAAAUGUGGGGUGCUUGUGACAAAUGUGGCGGCCAGCGCAAGCGUUUCAGACGAGUCAUCGUGCAGGCCGACUGUGGAGGUCAGAUCUGCGAACGGGCAUAUGCGGAGGAGAUUAGCAACUGCUCUCGCGUCUGUCACACGCCCACCUACUGCGGUUGGCAAAACUGGAAGAACUGGGGCGAAUGCACGGUGAGCUGCGGCGGGGACGGCUUCCGCACGCGCGUGCGGUUCCUGGAGGCACACUCCACGCCGAUACCAGGUGGGAGCUGGUCGGGUCGAGUGAACUUGGGGCAUUUUGCCCGGCAAAAUGGCCAUGGAUUGCUGGGAAGAUGGCCAUGGACCUGA